GUGCAGCAGCAGCCUCGACGCCAGCAGCCCAGACUCGACUGCGCCAGAUGCUCCUCAACGUGCGUGGAGCGGUGAGAUGCAGAGGGUGCCAGGCCCUCGGGUCUAGCUCGCGGAGAGAAGGCGGGCUGCCGCUGGCGCUGGCGUGCAUGGUGCGCUGCGCUGCUCGCCGUCUCGACGCCGUGCGGCGCUGCGGGUCGAAUAUGGCUGGCCGCUGGACGCGUGUGCUUACGCGGUGCGCGGCUCGGCGCUCGCGGCUGACGUGUGCGAGUGCAUGCGGUGCCGCCGCCGCGCCGCCGCGCCGCCGUGGCCGAGUGCUGCCCGCCGCGUGCUGCCGCUGCUGCGCCGCAUCAUGCAUCGUCAGCUGCACGCUGGGCUGGAAGCCGCACUGCCGGCGCGCGGCGGCAGCAACUCCAGGCAGGCACACGCACGCCGCCAGCGGCCGCGAUGCAGCCGCCGCAUCAUCCUCGCAUCAGCCAUCGGCUGGAUUACGCACGCCGCCGCCGCCGCCGCCACGCCGCGAGAGACGAGUCUCCGCGCCGAGCUGCGGCCGGCGCAGCAUGCGCUCUGGAGAGAUGCGUCGGCUCCUGCGCCGCCGCAGCUGCUUCUGUUUGCGCCGAGAAGGCAGAUGUGGGCGGCGAGAGAGGGCCGCAGGCGGCGGCUGCUGGCUGCGUCUGUCAAGUCAGCCACUGCGCGCGCGGCGGACGCGGCGGAGGGCCGUGGCGCGCCUCACGCUGACUGGCGCUCCGCCCGCGGCGAGGCGGCAGCGGAGGCGCUGUCAGCCACUUGUCCAGGUCGCGGCGGCAGCAGCUGCGACCUCUACCUUCACCACGCCCUCAUCCCCCUUCGUCUGCUACACCUCUGCAUCUCUCACCUCGCACUGCGCAGCGAUCACACUCGCGCCUCACUCUUCGCCGCACGUGCCACGACUCGCGCUCGCUCUCGCGCCAGACGUGCGACGCCCGAUCGCACCUUCACGCCGCGCAUAGGCGCCGCAGCUGCCUGUUGCGCACUCGCCACGGCCAGCGCUCUUCUCGCAUCGCCACCUGCUGCUGGACCUCAGCCAGAGCAGUGCACGGCGUACGCGUCGGUGACAUCCGUCUCACUGCUCCGCGUGCUCUGCCCCGCGCCCGUCACAGCUCGUGCUGCCUUUCUUCGCGGCACCGCCGCCACCGAGGGCCAUGGUAGCGCCUGCGCUGCCCUCGGGUGGCUCCGGCUCCGGCCGCUCGCUGCUGGGCUCGGCUGAGGAGCAUGGCGCCAGCAAUGCAGUCGCCAGCGGACAGGCCGCGGCUCGCGCAGCUCGCGCCUCGCUCGGUGGCGAAGCAGGCCGGACGCAUGCUGCUAUUGCUGCUGAGGUGGCUUCGGCAGGCGCCGACAGCGCCAGGCGCACUGCACUUGCUCUCAAGGAUGGACAGCAGGGAAGUCACGAGAGUCGUGCCGAAGGUGAGUUGGCUCGCGACGCAGAGCGUGCUGCCCGACCUGGUGUCCUCACACGCCGGUGCGCAUCCUAGAAGCAAAACGCACGCUGGAAUGUCGCUCGUCCGGCCUUCCCGGCGCACGGUCGUCGGCAUCGUCUG